UGGCUGACGGUGGCAGGUGUUCCCCAGUCCCUCCCCAAGCCGGGACAGCGGCCGCUCCGGUGCGGAGCCCCGUCCCGCCGGCAGCUCCCGAGUGACGGGGCCGCGGGGAGCGGGGCAAGGAGCUGCCCUCCCGGGCUCGCUGCUGAGAGCCUGAUGGUUGCUCCCGAAGCCCAGAGCCCGAAAGCCGGCCAGCCCCCGCUGCGAGCUCCCGGGGCGGGGCGGAGCGGCUGCUGCGGGAAACGAAACCGAAACGGAACUCGCAGCCAUCUUGGCCGUGCCCCGGUGCCUCCCGGCCGGGACGCGUUCUGCGGCUCGGCGUUUCUUUUUUCCCUGUGUUUUCUCAUAAAAUAGUUUGGCGUGCGGAUGAGACUGAGGGCGGGAGAGUGUGGAGUGAGUGGCAGCUCCUGUCCUGGCUCAGCAGCAGCCUGGCUCCCCUGCGUGUCCCAGGAGUGCGCUAUGCUCAGAGGCACUGGGCGAGGCAGAGGCUCCUAUCUCACCCGGCCAAGGCAUAACUGCCCCAGCACUAACCGAGGUCCUUUUAACCACCCUCGUACCCCACAAGAAACUAAUGGGGAAACCUUUUUACACCAGCAGCUGGUGACAGAGCGGGACGCUGAGGUCUCUGUGUUGCAGGGACAGGGAUCGCACAAGGAGUGGCGCACCAGAGGCGGGCGAGCUGCGGCACCGGCUCCUGCAGGCAGAGGUCAGCCCAGGGCUGCAGCCCGUAGCUUCUCCAGCCAGUAUCCCACUCUGCCUCGGUACUGCCCUCCGCAGCACCAUCGGCAGGAGAACUCCAGGAGGGAUUCUGACGCUGUGAGGUUGAAUUUCCAAAGACUGUCUCUUGCUGGGCAAGACUAUGAACAAGAAAUUCUGAGUGUUUUCAGGCAGCUUGGGGAGGGGAGGACUUGCACGGCUCAUGAGCUGGCACGUAAACUUAAAACUCAAAAGAAAGAGGUCAACCGUGUUUUGUAUAAACUCCUCAGAGAAGGCAAGUUGCACAAAGAGGGGGAGACACCACCACUGUGGAGAAUUGCCAGCCCUAGUUCAGGGAGAGAAAGAAGCCCUACUGACCACAGUGCCAGUUGCACAGAUCCAGCAAAUUUUGAGAGCAGAGGAGGAGAGCGGAGUGCAUUUGGCUUGGGAGACACAGAGAUGGCUGAGACAAAGGAGAAAAUCUGCAACUACUUGUUCAGUGUGGUGGAAACAACAGCUCUCAAUCUUGCCAAGAACAUUGGGUUUUCGAGAGCCAAGGAUGUUAAUGCAUUUCUUAGUGCUCUGGAAAAGCUGGGGGAUGUCCACAAGCAGAAUGCAACUCCACCACGGUGGUCCCUGACAAACAGGAAACGUGAGAGGAUGCAGAUGAGGCUGAAGGCCAGCACAAUAAUGCAGAUGGCAGAUGCCACACCUCCUGAGUCAGGUCUUCCCUCUUCCAUUGUCCCUCCAUGUCCCCCAGAGGUCACUGCAGCGGAGCCAGCAACGGUGAAAGAAGAAGAAGAAGAAAGUGCAGAAAAUGGGCAGCAGCCUUUGGGGCAGGCUGGUCAGGGCAGUGGCAGUGACACAGAAGCAGAUGCACCUGAGGACACUAAGCCUGACUUCUCCAGUUUGAGUAGUUAUGAUAACUCAGAAAACAGCAAGUGGACCACAGAUGAAAUCCCAGAUAAUCUAAAUGCUAUCAACAAGCAGCCUGAUAAUUCAGAAAGCAUCAUGAAUCCUCAGUCUUCCCCCAGUUGUGCUGCCCAGUUUGAAACUGCUUUCCCAUGUACACCUGUAGAGAAACUGAUAGCUUGUCAGGAGAAGAACCCAGUGAGUGGCCUUACUGAAUAUUCCCAGUACACAUACCAACACUGUGAUUUCAUCAUGCUGGAGCAGAAUGGACCCUCUCAUGAGCCACGGUUUAAGUUCCAGGCAGUGAUCAAUGGGCGCCCAUUCCCACCAGCAGAAGCAGGGAGCAAAAAAUUGGCUAAGCAGGAAGCAGCAGCUAAUGCCAUGAAGGUCCUGAUGAGUGAAGUGGAGAAUGGAAGGCAAGGUGGAAUUAAAUGUGAGGAGCCAUUUCCCUCCAACAGCUCGGAACCAGAACUGCCUUUGCAGAUGGAGCCAGAGGUGUCAUCUGCAGCAGCUCACCUCAGCCUGCUUCCUGGGAAGCACCCUAUCAGCAUAUUAAUGGAGUAUGGUCAAAAAUCAGGGAACAUAAUUGAAUUCCAGCUGCUCUCUCAGGAAGGCCCACCUCAUGAUCCCAGGUUCAGCUACUGUGUGAAAAUGGGUGACCAAAUUUUCCCUGCUGUGGUAGGAAACAGCAAGAAGGGAGCAAAGCAAAUGGCAGCAGAAGUUGCUGUGAAGAUCCUUUCUGGAGAGUCUGUACCCCAUGUCUUGCCUGAACAGCCUGUUGUGAAGCCCCUCAGUGACCAGUCCAUGCACAAUAUUGCCACUCCAGAUGAAUCCAAAGUGGUGAAAACGAAGGGUGUUGGGGAGCUCAUCAAAUACCUGAACGUCAAUCCUGUCAGUGGCCUGCUGGAAUAUGCCCGUUCCAAUGGGUUUGCUGCAGAGUUCAAACUCAUUGACCAGUCAGGACCUCCCCAUGACCCCAAGUUUGUCUAUCAGGCGAAGGUUGGAGGCCGCUGGUUCCCAGCUGUAACUGCACACAACAAAAAGCAGGGCAAGCAGGAGGCAGCUGAUGCAGCACUCCGAGUCCUGAUUGGGGAAUCGGAGAAAACCGAGCGCAUGGAAGGGAUGAGCAUCGCCGAGCUCCCUGUGAGUGGCAGCACCCUGCACGAUCAGCUGGCCAUGCUGAGCCACCAGCGCUUCAACUCCCUCACGGCUCGCCUCCAGCACAGCCUGCUGGGCCGCAAGAUCCUGGCUGCCAUCAUCAUGAGGAGAGGAGAUAAGGGCCUGGGAGUGGUGGUCAGCAUCGGAACAGGUAAUCGCUGUGUGAAAGGAGAAGAGCUGAGCUUGAAGGGGGAGACAGUAAAUGACUGCCAUGCAGAAAUCAUUUCUCGAAGAGGCUUUGUGAGGUUUCUUUACAGUGAACUGAUGAAGUAUGACCCAUCCAAUCCUUCCUCUGCAGAAGAGAGCAUUUUUGAGCAAGCAGGAGGAAAGAAACUCAAAAUAAAGAGCAGUGUUACCUUCCACCUCUACGUCAGCACAGCACCGUGUGGGGACGGAGCACUCUUUGAUAAAUCCUGCAGUGAUCAGGCAAACGAGAUGGGACAAGCCCAACAUCAGCCUCUCUUUGAGAACCCCAAGCAAGGCAAGCUGCGGACCAAGGUGGAGAAUGGGGAAGGUACCAUUCCUGUGGAGUCAAGUGACAUUGUGCCCACGUGGGACGGGAUCCAGCACGGGGAGCGGUUACGAACCAUGUCCUGCAGUGACAAAAUCUUACGCUGGAAUAUUCUUGGCUUGCAAGGAGCAUUGCUGUCCCACUUCCUGGAGCCAGUUUAUCUCCACUCUGUCACACUCGGUUACUUGUACAGUCAGGGUCACUUGACCCGUGCCAUCUGCUGCCGCAUGGAGAGGGAUGGGAGCACACUGAAGGAAAAGCUCCAGGCUCCAUAUCACAUUAACCACCCUGAGGUUGGGCGAGUCAGCGUGUAUGACUCUGCAAGGCAGACGGGCAAGACCAAGGAGUCAUCAGUGAACUGGUGUCUUGCUGAUGAAAGCGAAGUUGAAAUCUUGGAUGGCACCAAAGGGAAAGUAGAUGGUGUGAAGCUGGAUGUGUCUCGUGUGUCCAAGAGGAAAAUGUUCACCCUGUUCCAGCAGCUCUGUGCAAAGAACAACCGCAGAGACCUGCAGGGCUUCUCUGUGUACUCGGAUGCCAAGAAGGCAGCCACAGCUUACCAGGCAGCCAAGCAGAGCUUCUUCAGCACGCUGCAAGAGCUGGGCUACGGCAGCUGGAUCCGCAAACCCCAGGAGGAAGAAAAUUUCUGUGUCCUUGAUGUGUGAGGAAGCACUCUGCAAGGACUGGGGGGUGCACAGGCUGUGCAUGGCUGUGCUCGUCCCUCUUUCACCACGUUUUUGGAAGUGGGAUCAGGACUGUGCAGUGGUUUCUUCAUAGGCCUGGCUGCCUUGUCACUGUCACCCAGACCCUGUGUUUUUAAAAUGUGCAUGUAAAUGAUUCUCCUGUUUUUUAAAGCAAGGGCAGGCUCAGUCCCUAUUUGCUUUUUUAUAGUUUUGUCCCCCCUCCUUUAUUGUUUUUUAAGGAAGGUACAAGAAACCGGAGGAAUUUUCAAGACUGUGAGCUUGAAACCUUUGGACCAUGUACUGCAAAUCCCUCUGGCAGGUUUUGAGGCAAAUUUUCUCCUUUGAGAUUAAAAAAAAAAAAAAAAUCA